CCAAUCCUUGUUCUAGAAAGGGGAUUGUUGCCUAGCAGCUUGAUGGCGUUGCAAUGGAAAACAUUCCUGCCAGUAACGGUGUUGGAAUGAACAAUGCACAACCGUCACCUGCUUCCAGUAAGGCCGAUCCAUACUGCGAAAAAUAUUACUGCCUCCUGAGACGGUACAACGCCAUUCAGCAGCAAAAUUACCACCUCAUGUAUAGAAUACAACGGGUUAAGAAGCUUACAGCGAGGCUUAACAGGGAAAAAAGGUUCCUAGUAGAGAGGCUAAAUAACUACAAGCAGGAAAACAGCACCGUGCAUUUGCCUCAGUACCAAAUGGAGGAGCGGCAGUACACAAGAAUGAUCAAGCAAGAACCCAUGGAAGCUGCUACCUUCCAGGCGAAUGUCGACUGCUUCUCUAGAAAAAGAAAAGACAAGGGUGGAAAGCCAAGCUGAGUUGGACAAGGAGGACGACAGACUGAGGAUAACCUGUGGACGCGACACUGACAAUGUUUACAGAACGUGUUGAGUUCUUCGACAGUUGGACGCACUUUACAAAGGUUGUAUAUGUACAGUACUCGCAUGCAAGAAGGCAAUGUGUAUGUCACAAUUGUUGCUAUUCAUUUUGAUGUCUGUGUAAAAUAUGGACCUCUGCAGUAUACACAUGUUAUGUCAUAAUGAUUGUGAUAUAUUGUCAUGGACAGCUCAACUGAAUCAUGAAGGACAUCAGAAAAAGUUGUGCAAUUUGUUAUAGCACCUCCUGUUUCUGACCAAUAGCAGCACUUUUUUUGUGUGUGUCUGUAUGUUUCUUUUUUUUUUUAGGUUCCUUACUGUGUGCGUUGAGAUGUUUGCUAAUACUGCAGUCUGUGCACUGUAGAAACUUUGUGUCCACAAACUGCUUUAACUAAAUGAAAGCGAGACUGACAAAUCCACUGUGACCAGUCAAUGAUAAAAGAAAAUUCACUAAAACUGUCAUUCUGACUUGUUUGUUUUGUAUACUCAUACUAAACAAAAAAAGGAACAUAAAUACAGAGGAGACAAACCAGCCACAAAGCACAUUGUGCCUCGUUUGUUCAUCGUGUGCUUGUGUUCCUCUUUUAACGCUUUUGUGUGAGUAUGCAAUACUAAAAAGCCCGAAUCACAGAUUUUAGUAGACUUCCUCUCUAGUUAUGUGGGCAUCAUAAGUACGAAUUUUAUAUGUGACGUGCCAAUGGAUGAUACUUUUGUAAUGUGGGCAUUCAUGGGACAUACAUCAUCAAACGAAACAGGAGGAAUGAAAAUCUGUAUCAGCACAUGAGAACCGUGAAUCGGGAAAUGAAAAGUUAGCUAGCUGCCCGUGUUUUUCAAUAAAUUAUUUUAGCAAAUAAUUCCAGAUGCCUUAAAAAGGUGACUGAUGUAAAAAAAAAGACGACCUCCAAGUAAGUUUCAGUCUUAGGGAGCCACCUGCAAGACUCCCAUGUAGGACGAUGCAUCCUGAAUAAAUCAUGUUUGAGAAUUAUGACUAAUUCACAUGAAAAAGAGUUCAAAUAAAGACAUUGUACAAAUAUU